CACGCUGCUUCCUUUUCUUGCGUCUCAAGAGCGUUUUCCUCUGCUAAACUGUCACAAAAGAACACGCAAACUCUUCAACGGAGGUGAAACUGAACCAACACAAACCACUUCAAAACUCAAACCCAGAUUUUGAUUCAACACAGCUCUACUCAGCUACACAUAGCUUCAGGGUUAUAUUCUAUAAGGGGGAGCUCAACUUCUUCCUCUUUGUUGCACCUGUUAUAAUACAUGGGUUCGGCACCAGAAGUGUUGGCUCAGAGAAGUUGUGGCAAGCUCAUUGGGACUCGGGUCCUACAGUACUUAAAUGGAGGCCCUCUCUCCUUCAAAACCCACCAAGCCAUUGUUUUGAUUGUAACAUUUUUUGCUUAUGCUAGUUAUCAUGCCACUAGAAAAACUACUAGUAUUGUAAAGAGUGUCCUUGAUCCCCAAUCAGCAGAUAUAGGUUUGGCCUUCUUUCCAUUGAGGCCAAUCAAUUUCACUGUGUCAAAUGGAUCAAGGAGACUUUCUUCCAACCUUGGAGAUGGUUGGGCACCAUUUAAUGGAUCAGAUGGCACAUCCAUUCUUGGUGAAUUGGAUGUUGCUUUUCUUGCAGUGUAUGCUUUUGGGAUGUACUUUUCUGGACAUUUUGGUGAUAGGUGUAAUUUGAGGAUUUUUCUAACUGUGGGGAUGAUAGGAACUGGCUUGUUUACUUCAUUAUUUGGGGUAGGGUACUGGGGAAACAUCCACAACUUCUAUUAUUAUUUAGUAGUUCAAAUGAUUGCUGGAUUGUUUCAAUCCACUGGGUGGCCUUCUGUAGUUGCUGUUGUGGGUAACUGGUUUGGGAAGAGCAAGAGAGGGUUGAUCAUGGGAAUUUGGAAUGCUCACACUUCAAUUGGGAACAUUGCUGGUUCUUUGAUUGCUUCUGCUAUGUUGAGCUAUGGAUGGGGUUGGUCCUUUGUUGUGCCAGGACUAAUAACUGCUUUCGUUGGUUUGGUUGUUUUCCUUAUAUUGCCGAUCACUCCCCAGUCUGUAGGAGCUGAUAGAGAGGAAGAUGAAGACAGUUAUCCCAAGAAAAGUGGUGAAGAAAUAGCAGAGCCUCUAUUAAGCCAAGAAACUCCAGUUGAGGAGAAAGCAGUUGGGUUCAUACAAGCAUGGAAAAUUCCUGGGGUUGCUCCUUUUGCUCUUUGUCUGUUUUUUGCCAAAUUGGUUGCAUAUACGUUUCUCUAUUGGCUCCCAUUCUAUGUUAGCCACACAGCAAUUGAUGGGAAAUAUCUAUCUAGUGAGACAUCAGGAACGCUAUCCACUUUAUUUGAUGUUGGAGGGGUGCUUGGCGGAAUUCUAGCUGGUCACAUUUCUGAUCACUUAGAGGCUAGAGCCAUAACAGCAGCAAGUUUCAUGUACUGUGCAAUCCCAGCUCUCUUCUUCUAUCGGAGUUACGGGCAUGUUUCGUUGAUUUUGAACGGAGUGUUGAUGUUCAUCACUGGCAUGUUCGUGAAUGGACCUUAUGCUCUCAUAACUACUGCAGUUUCGGCUGACCUGGGAACACAUAAAUCAUUGAAGGGUAAUUCACGAGCUCUUGCAACUGUCACGGCAAUCAUUGAUGGAACUGGUUCUAUAGGGGCUGCAGUUGGACCUUUGUUAACGGGUUACAUAUCUGCAAAGAGCUGGAGUGCUGUUUUCACAAUGUUGAUGGCAGCAGCUUUGAUUGCAGGGUUGCUUUUGACCAGGCUAGUAGUGUCAGAGGUGGCCACAAAGAUUGAAGAGUCAAGGUCUAAUAGAUCACAGGAAUGUACACUCGAAGUAUGAAAGGUCACAGCAAUGUUGUAUUGCGCUGUAUGUGUAGUGUAGGAGUGCCUAUAAGGUCUCAUUCACAGCUUCACGCCCUUAAAUUAAAGAGGAACAUGCCCGUUAGUGUUUAUAUGGAGAGGACAUCUUCAACUUGUAUCCUUCUUCAUGUAAUACUGGUGGGGCAGGUUGAGGUGUUGUCUGUUUGUACAUUGUGUGAUACACCCAAUUACCAAUUCUAGCAUAGUAUCAUCUCUAAACACAAGCUAUUCAAGAAUUGCUUGUAGCUUUUGAAUUUCGGAAAUUGACCACAUUGCUGGAAGUCAAGAAUGAAAUUUGUCUAGUGAGUUUACAAAUUGAUUUUUGUAGCAUUUUCAAUGGCUUAAUGGGUGCACCAAACUGCAAAUACAAAUAGCAGUUAAAGAUAAGCUCCAUGCUUUUGUGGAUUUUGGUCAUAGCUCCUCAAUUGGACUUUCUUUGAUUUUGAGGAUGGCCUUUGCUUCUUAUUCUUUGAGCUUGGAUUUUUCAGUCAAUAUUGAUAUGAGAAGAUUACUUCACGCUUUUAUCAGAAGCUGAUUAACACUACUAACUUGUCAAGUAGUAUUUUAUGUGCACUUUUCACCAUUACUAGAAAUAUGGCUUAGGAUUUUAUGUGAUGAUAAGUGCCGUUAUAUACUGACCAAUUAAACAUGAACUCUGCACAGAAGUUAUAGUAAGGUGGCUUCAAAAGUUUAAAUUACAAUUCUUUUAUUUUUUGAAGAGUACUUUCUUUCGGAGCUUAUUGCACGAAUUUCUCUGAUAACGGUUCAAGCACAACGGUUGUAAAGCAAUUAUCAUUUUCAGUAUUUGUCUAGAAUCAUUGUUUCUCCCUACACAGCUUGCAAAUUUCCAUUCUAUCUAUUGGUCAAGUAGUUAGUGGCAUAUGCAAAAGCAUGAUUUGUAACGUCUGUGGACAUGACUUUUGACAAAGCAUGACAAUCGUGAAGAAAAAUGACUUGCUGAAGGCACAACCUCUAGUAAGAAGUAAGGCUACAAUUGGUAUACCAAGUUGAUUGAAUGUAAGAUUGUGUUGGAAAGUUUCAUGCUAUAAAUUCAGAAAUAAAACCAUGGUGCAAUAAGUGAUGUCAGCAUCAUUCAUGUUUGUAUUGUAUAGAUGCUUAAGGUGUGGAGACGAAAAAAAAGAAUGGUCCACAAAU